ACAUGUCUGAUUCUAAACUCACACCUACUCAGCUCUUCCAAGACUUUUUGGGAGAUUUCUAUUCAAGAAGACUGCUCUAUCACAACCCUCUUAACCAAGCACCAGCUACAGCAUCUCCUCCAGUCCCUGGAUAUAGCCAUGAGUCAUCGGAAAGCUACCCUGUUGACAACAGCUUUGAUACAAAUGUUAUUAUGGUCCUCUCUGUUCUUUUAUGUGCCUUGAUUUGCUCCCUUGGCUUUAAUUCUAUCAUUAGAUAUGCCUUAAGGUGCUCAAGGUUAGUAGCUUCUGAUUCAGGUGGAGACUCCGCAGCUAGGACAGCCAAUACUGGGGUCAAGAAAAAGGCCCUCAAGACUUUCCCAACAGUUAGUUACUCAGCUGAGCUGAACCUGCCAGGAUUGGACACCGAGUGUGUGAUAUGCCUAUCAGAUUUCACACCCGGUGAGCGUGUUCGCCUUCUACCAAAGUGCCACCAUGGAUUCCAUGUCUGGUGCAUCGAUAAGUGGCUAAAUUCACACUCAUCAUGCCCAAAAUGCAGGCACUGCCUGAUUGAGACCUGCCAAAAGAUCGUCAGCUGCAGCCAGGCUAGCUCAUCAGAACCACCUCCACCAGUGAAUGAAAGCACCAUAAGCAUUGCACCACUGGAACCGGAAGGUUUGAUAUGUAAUUAUAGGGGACUUACAUAG